UGGGUUCAGGGUGCAGAAAUAGGUGUCUCGCGGGCUUACUGCAUAAAUACAAAUAUGGGACAAGUACAAGUUUGUAGACACCAAAUGCGUUUAUUCAACAAGGCCAGCUAAGGAUGUCCACAGAUGACAGCAUCUCUGAGGACAUUUCCAGUUCUGUGGCCCUGAGCCAGGACCAUGCCGAGGCCAACGGUGGAAAGGAGAGCGAGGGCUCCGUCGUCUCAUCCGAGGACACGGCGUCUGCGCUGGCGGGCCCUGAGAAGGAGCGCACUUCUGUCGAGCCGGUGCAGACUCUGCAGGGAAUCCUCCAGGUUGCCACGGGGGCUGUGAAGGCCCUAGGCCCCCACACACCAGCGUCCAACAGUCCCCAUAAGAACAGGAAUCUGUGUCUCAGUGCAGAGGAGUUCAGCUCAGGGAGAAGCCUGCCCUCCAUCAACCCCAGUUCCCUGGAGACCCUCACAGCGCUUGUGCGGGAGAUCCAGAGCAGCGGGAAGACGGACCCAGAGAUCUGGAGAGAUUGCGAGGGCAGAUGGUUACAGCUGUUUCAGUUGGUAGAGAAGCAAUACCAGGAGCAGAUCCUCGCUCAGCACGAACAGUACCAGUGCCAAAUUCAGCUCAUACAGGAUGAGAUCAAGGCGUUAGUGCAGCUGCAGAACCGACAGGGUGUCACUCAACCCACGGACGGGUCGCCGGUCUCCGCCCCUGCUGGGUCGCUGCUCACAAACCUCCUGAACGGCAGCCACUCAGGGCCCUCCAUACCCUGCCCCCAGAGUGCGACGUCGCCAAGGCCCACCCAGACAGGCAAGCCGCGGGAAGGCCAGGAGGAGGGUGCCGUGACCUUGCUGAGCAGCGGCUACGGGACCCUCUCCACCUGGGCGCCCAGUCCGCGCUGGGACGAGGGGCCCGCGGGCACAGACGAGGCCAGCAGGGGGAAGGGGGAGGGGCAGGAUCCCCCUCCCCAUCACUCACCUCACAACCUGUCAGCCUCUCUCACGCCAGACUCUGGCGUGAUUGGCCAGGAAUCCCAAGAGGGUGGGCCCAAUGGGACGCCUCCAGACACCCCACCAGCCAAUCCCAGCCCCUCUGCUGAUCAGCAGAAAGUCACCAGCCAGCAGCUGACCUCUUGGGUACAGAAGCGCAGGGUGCAGAGCAGCAGACCAGCGCAGGCCUCAAAGACAGAGGCGAAGGGGAGGGAGGAGAGGAGCCGUGUGAGGAGUCCUGCAGCCCAGGGAGACUGUCAGGACGACUAUCGAUCUGCUGCGCCGGCCUCCCGUUCCUUCUACUUGACGCGAAGUGACAGCUUGGUGUCUGAUGCCUCAGGCCUCACCUACUGGAGGCUGGACGAGAAUGAGCUGUACCGCCCUCUGCCGGACAGCUUCGACAGCGGGGCCUACCUCCUCCUGCAGGACAUGUGUGCAAACCAGGCCUCUCAGGAGGAGCCCAAGCUGCCAGUCUCCCUCAAGGAGAUCUACCAAAGCAAGCAGAGGGGGGACCGCCAACACCAGGACUGGGACUCCUCUCUCAACUCCAAUGCCUCAACUCCACAGGUGUUGACCCUGGACCCUUCGGUGCACAUGAAGCAGUCGGACCGGACGUCAGGCUUCACCUCCCCCUCCCUCUUCAGCAGCCCGUCCUCGCCCCACCAGCCGCAGGGCUGCCCCCCAGGGGGCGCCGCCCUAAGCCCAGACUCCAUGGCUGAGGGGGCCCCCGACCACAGCCAUAUGGACACUGACUGCACCUCCAACAGCCUCUCCACAGCCGGGACGCCCACCCAGCAGUACUCGGCUGGUACCGCUGCCGCCCCCUCCACCUCUCACACGCUCCGCAGAGGCGCCAACAGCGAGGAGGGGGCCAGCCGUGCCACACUCACACCACUGCCCAUUCCCAUACUUAGGGUGGACCCCCAAGCCUCCAUCUGCAGCCCGGAGAGGAAGGCUCCCCUCCCCUCCAUAGAUGACCCAGUGAUGCUGUCUCUAGUGAGGCAGAACCUGAGGGAGAAACACUCUCGGCACAUUGCAGACCUCAGAGCAUACUACGAGUCUGAGAUUAACGUCCUGAAGGAAAAGCUGGCCCUGGUGAACCAGCCCUUGGAUGCUGACUUGGAGCAAAGCAACCAGAGCCUUGUGGAGAGGUGUGAACACCUGGAGAGAGCUCUGACUGAAGCCAGCACCCGCAUUCGAGAGCUUGAAAACAAGAACCUCCUCCUGGAGAGGCAACUGGCGGAGUGGCCCGAUCGCUACGAGGCGGCCAGCGCCGCGGUGCAGGCCCUGCAGCAGCGGCUGGAGGAGGGCAAGCAGAUCGGCAGGGAGAAGGAAGCCGCGGCCGACCGGCUCCGGGCCCGGCUUCGCCAGCUGGAGGAGGCCCUCCAGGGCGCCACCAAGGACGCGGACAGCAGGGAUGCCCAGAUAAAAAAUGAGCACAAGAUGCUGCAGGACCUUCUUGCCGAGUAUGACUCGCUAAGAAAGGAUCAUGAACAAGUGAAGGACAGUUUGGUUUCCACUGAGAAUAAGCUCUUUGAUGCCACUGCACAGAUAUCCGAACUGAAGAGGGUGAUCUCCAAGCUGGAGUCCCAGAUCAAACAGCUGGAGCAUGAGAACCUGGUGAAGACCCGCCAUGUCUCUCAGAGCCAUUCUCAGCCUUCUGGAGCCGGUCUCUACCACCACCCAGACAUGCUCCUCUCUCCUAGUAAGAGUCUGGGUGAUUUGGACAGCAGCCGUAGGGCGUGGCCAGGCUCUGAAGUUGACCGCUCGGCCCAUUCUAGGCAGCAUCCUGAUAGGCCAGUUUCCCACACUAGCAGGUGCUACUCUCCCCCGGAGAGAGAGCAGCCUCAGGAGAAGAGUUCAGCCAGGGAUCUGGCCCGAAGGGACGCCCCGCUCACCCCGCUGAUGAAGGCGCUGGUCCACAUGGACGAAACCAAAGGCACUGAGGGCCGUGCCCUCCACAAAGCAGGCAUCGCCUCCUCCAGGUUAGGAAGCCGCAGGCCCACGGUGAGCUUUGUGGAGAGCUGUGUCAGGACUCCAGGCUUCCUGCGGGCACAGAGGAGCACCUCUCCAGAGGGUCACAGGUCCUCCUCCUUACCCCCCUUCACCCGGAAGACUGUCCCGUGCUCCACACCCACCAAGAGAGACACCCUGAUCACACCGCUCUCAGCCAAGUCCAGCCCCAAACGCUGUCCCACAGAGAACUACUCCACCAUGUUUGGAGACUCUCCUACCUGCCAGCUGCACAAUCACCCCCAGUUUGAUGGGGGCUCUGAUCAGAGAGUUCUGUUCUCAUCUUCACCCUCUCACAGUUCAAGCCCCAGGAAGAGGCUGCAGUUUAUGUCAUCAGAAGGAUUAGAAGCCCAUCCCCGGCCCAGCAACGGCACUCCUGGGCUUCCCGAGCCGGCGGAGCGAGUCACGAGGUCGGCCUGGGAGGAGCAGGAGGCAGAGGGGCCCGAGCCGGAGCGGCCUGACUCCCCAAGCAGCGAUGUGCCCCUCCCCUACCACGCGCAGGUGCAGUCCCUGGCCGACACGGAGCGGCUCUUCGACGAGCUCACGCAGGAGAAGCAGCAGAUUGAGGCUGCACUGAGCCGGAUCCCCAGCGCUGGGGGCAGAGUCACCUUGCAGGCCAGGUUAGAUGAGGUGGCCUUAGAAAAGCGACUGGAUAAAGUCAAUCGUGACUUGGGUUCAAUCCGUAUGACACUGAAGAGAUUCCAUGUACUGCGGACCUCCGCCAACACAUAGCAAUCUUCUUGAGUUGGUUAGGUUUAGAAAAUGCAAUUUUGUG